UCCUGUGGAAGAAGACACUCGAUUUUUCAAUAAAAUUAACUUCUCUCAUUAUUUUUUGCUACCUCACACGUUACGACGUGUAGUUAAUAGAUGCAGUUUUUUACGCGGCAUGAAAGGAGUAUAUUUCGAAACAUGUGAGGUAGCAAAAAAUAAUGAGAGAAGUUAAUUUUAUUGAAAAAUCGAGUGUCUUCUUCCACAGGAAAAAAUGAGUUUUUUAACAUUUUUUGCGAUUUUCCAACCGGUUUUUGAAUUUUUUUAUUUCAAAAAAGAUGGCUCAAAAUUUUUCUGACAGUUUUGCAGAGCUCGUUGAACUCUAUAGAACCAUGUAAAAAUUUCCAAGAAAAACGUUUUACUCCAUUUUUGAAUUACUGGCAUCUUAAUUUUCUACGCCAAAAAAGUAUAGAAUUUCUGACAAUUUCGUAAGUUCGACAUUAAAAGGCCUUCAUAAUCUUUAGUAUUUAGUACCAAUAAAUCCAGUUUUAGACACGCUUUAGUUUGAUAUAAAAUACAUUUGUGAUAUCAUUGAUACUUUAGGUUAUAGAGGGGAAGACAAAGGUUAUGUGCCACCCUGUAGUACACUACUAUUUGGUUCAAUUGGUUUAGUUGGUAAUACAAUAUGUUUUCUCGUUCUCUAUCGUACAACCGCACAAUCAACACAAUCAUUUGUUCAAUAUUUACGUUCACUUGCCUGUUUUGAUUUUUUUGUUUUACUUAUUGAAUUUAUUCAAACUAUCAAUGAUUUAACAAUGUACACACUCAAUUAUUCAAUACUUGCAUUUCGUGUAUCAAUCGUAUGUAAAUUAUACGAAUAUUUUAAACAUGUUACUAUUUUGGUAUCAUGUUGGACAAUAGCUGUACUUACAUUCGAUCGUUUAAUAUUAGUCUGUGAUCCAUUUACAAGUAUAUGUCCAAAUUUAUCACGAAAAAUAUGUAAUUCAAAAAGAGCAAAACAAAUUAUUUUUAUUUUAAUAUUAAUAUCAAUGAUAAUUAAUCUACCACAAUUAUUGUAUAAAGAAUGGACAUGUCGUCCAAAGGGUUAUCGACAUAGUGCCUAUGCAUCCCCACGUCAAAUUUUUACUCAACAAACUCCGGUAUUGCUUAUUGAUGAUACAAAUUCAAACAAUGAACUAUUUAAUAAUAAUCCAGAUGCAGCUGAACAAUUUCAAAGAUUAAAUGAAAUUAUAUUAGAAAAGAAUCCAUCGCUUGUAUCUUAUGAACAAUCGUCAAAUUGGACAUCGAUUAGUGAUUUUGCAAUAACAUCUUCAAUUUCAUCCUUUACUACUACUACUACUACUAUUACUACUACUACUACACCAAUAAUUGAAAUAAAAGUAUUAAACAAUAAUAUACAGUCGGAUGGAUUAAAACAACAACAACAGUGUAAAUGUCGAAUAGCACCUCAUCUCAAUCGUAAAACAAGAUCAUUUGUUAUUACAUGGGAUACGUAUGUGUUUCACAUGUUCUGUUAUACACUAAUACCAGCCAUCAUUCUUAUAGCAAGUAAUGCAGCUAUUUUACAUCGUUUACAUCAACCUCGAAAAAUUGUUGGUACCCAAAAUGAACAUUUACGAUCAAAAUUAACACGUACACUCACUAUGGUAUCAGUAAUUUUUCUUAUUCUGUAUUUUCCACAUGCUAUAACUCAAUCUGCACAAUAUCUAGUCAUUGUUAUUCAUUCAAAAUGCAAUAUUAAAUUUAUAUUAACACUUCGAAUACUUUCAAGACUAUGUGAAUUACUUAAUACAGCAGCAUUGGGUAUGAAUUUUUUUUUUUAUAUACUUGGUGUGACUGUCUAUCGAUCGGCAGCCAUUCAAAUGUUACAUUUAGACAAUUUUUCCGUAUUUGAACAUUUAACAUGUGAAAAUAAACCAUCAGUAUCCUUACAAAAUCGUUCAAUUAUUUCACGCACAUCUCGACAAAUGGAUAAUCUCGAUGGUUUUAUUCAUUUAUCAUCAGAUAAAAAUAAACGAAAAAAACUUUUGAUUGUUAAUCAUUCAUCGAAAAACGGUGGUUCGGUGACAUCAUCGCACGCCGUUGAACGACGAAAAGUAUUUGAAGAAAACGGACUAAAUGAUAUCGUUUUAUAA